AUGCCGGUUACAACCAAGCCACAGAAAAAUGCUACAAAUCCUUCAGAACUUUCAUUAACUUAUCUAAAAUCUUUAACAAAUAUAGAAGAUAUACAAGAAUGUCUUCGAUUAUUAGACCUGGAAGAAAAUCAAAUCGAUCUUAAUUUAGAUGAAUUAUUAGAGAGCAGGCCAAAACUUGAAUCUGAAUUAGAUAAAUUAGAAGUUUUAAGGCCACAAUUAGGUACUUUACAUACACAAGCUGCAAAUUUAUUAAAUAUCAUAAACGGUACAUCGUCAGUAGCGGAACGUAUCAGCGCACAAGUACGACAAUUGGAUUUAGAACAAAUCAGAGUUCAAGAAUCAAUAAAACAAGUUGAAGAUGUACAAGAAUUAAAACUUUGUAUCACGGGUAUACAUCAGGCGUUGUAUAUGAAGGAUUAUGAAACUGCUGCUUCUUAUGUUAAUCGGGUUUCAACACUAGAUGAUACAAUACUUUAUGGAGAAUUCGCUGAAACUUCUGUACCUUCAUCUGAUUAUCCUGAUAUACCUACGAAAACUUUACAUGAUGCGAAAGAAUCCCUUUUUACUAUUUUUAGUAGGGAAUUUGAAGCAGCUGUUAAUAAUAGAGAUCAAGAGAAUAUAAGUAGAUUUUUCAAGUUAUUUCCUUUAAUUGGAAAGGAGACGGAAGGGUUGGACAAAUACUCAAAAUUCGUUUGCAGUAUCAUCGCUGGGAAAAGUCAAGCAAAUUUGGCCGAAAUCGCCGUGGGAACGAAUUUUUAUGGGAAUGCGCUAACUAAACUUUUCGAGAAUAUAGCGCUUAUCAUAGAUCAACAUCAACCUGCUGUAGAAACUCACUAUGGUCCAGGAAAAAUGAUUAGAGUUGUUGAAAGACUCCAAGAAGAAUGUGAUAAACAAAGUCGAAUUAUUUUGAAUACAUUUUAUGAUGAAAGACAAAUUCAACGUAAGGUUUUGGAUAUUCAAAUAUAUAACGAUACACCAAAAAAACCACCUGGUUCACAAAGGUCUGGACAAUCAAGAGAAUUCGAUAUUAUACCAGAUCAAAGAGAACUUGAUGUUGCGUUAUCAGAGUUGGCGAUGAUUAGUGCUAGAACUCACUUGUAUUAUCGAUUUAUGGAAUCAAGAGCAAAGUUAGAAGUGAAGGCGAUGCAGGUUAAUGGGACUGAUGUUUCUCUCCUUGAAAAAGAUGCGGAUAAAUACGAUGCAUCAGUGAUAAUUAAAACGAGCGGAUUGUCAAAGCAAAUAAAAAUGUUGAUGAAAGAUUUUAUAAUUUUGGAAGAAUAUUUCUUUAGAAAGGCUAUUGAGAAGGCCAUGAAAAUAGACAACUAUGAGGAAGGAAGUUCAACAUCAAGUUGUGUUGAGGAUGUGUUUUAUAUUCUUAAAGAAUGUUUAUCAAGAGCGGUGACAACAUCCGAUGUAGAGUGUUUAACCUCAAUGGUCAAUUUGGUCAAUCAAAGUUUAGAAGUUGAUUAUCUUGCUUUAUUCCAAAAAAGACUUUUAACUGCAUUCGCAACUUCUGAACCAAAAGAUGCCAAAAUUGGUUACAUGAUUUUACUAAACAAUUUAGAUGUUAGUUGUGAUUAUAUGCAAAGACUUACGUCAGAAUUGGUAAUGAUUCCUUCGAUCAUGGAGGAAGAUUACGAGAAGAUUCAGAAAAGUUUUACUUGGUUGAAUAAUACUACUACGAAUAAAUUUAAGCAACUACUACAUAGUGGACUGGAACAACUUUUCACACAAAUGGUAAAACCAAGGAUUAGACCUAUUUUACAGGAAGCUUAUAAGGACAUUAAGUAUGUGUUGGAUGAAGAUGAAUAUCAUGAACAAGAUGCAAAUGAUAAUUUUACAAAAAGGUUUGUGGCUGGAUUUGAUAAUUUGGUCAAAAUUUACCAGAUAACAUUUACAUCAAACAAUUAUAACCAAAUUAUGAUGCAUAUUUUGGAAUCUGUUACUAAUAUGUGGGAAAAGACCGUUUUUGGUACAAAAUUCAAUCAGUAUGGCGCGUUAAGAUUUGAUAAAGACUUAAGGUCUGUUAGCAAUUAUUUUUCAGUUAAAAUGCAAUGGCCAAUUAGAGACAAAUUUACGAGGUUAAAUCAAAUUUCAACAUUACUCAAUUUGGAAUCUUUAUCUGAAAUCCAUGAUUAUUGGGGAAGUGCAACUAAGGCAACAAGUCCAAUUACGUGGAGGUUGACUGUUAAUGAAGCAAAGAAAAUUGUCGGAUUACGGAUUGAUUUUAAUGCUGAAGAAGUUUCCGCAUUAAAACUUUAA